AAUAAUCACCAUAACAUCAGUUGAAAGACAGAUUUGAAUAGAACUGUUUCUUUAAUGUACUUAAGUUGAAAACAAUAAUAAAAUAACGUUUCUUGAAAUUAUUUAUCUUUUUAUAAAUAAAACAUGAAUUCCUUAACAUAUAUUUUACUUCUAUUUGGAUUAUUUGCUGUUGGUAUUGGACAAUACAUUGGUCGCACCCAACGACCGGGUCUUCCGCUGAGGUGUUUAAUGAUGUGUGCUCCUCCCGAUUGCUCGAACCCUGUGAUGCUAGCAGGGCGAUGCUGUCCUGUCUGCCAAGGUCGAAAACCUGGUAGGUGUCCAAGCAUGAUUGGAGCUGGAAUAUGUGCAUUUUUAUGUACAGAUGACUCAAACUGUCCAGGCAACCAAAAGUGUUGUAGAAGCAGAUGUGGACGUUCAUGUAUGCGACCCAGAGCCCCUGUAUAGAACUGACAUUAAAAUGUAACCACAUAAUUAUGUACCAGAGAACACUUCAAGAUAUAAUUAAUUGGCGAAAAUGGGUGGAAUAUCGCAAAAUGCAACCCAAUUAUUAUUGAAAUCUUACUCAAUAUAAGACAUUGUAGUUCAUUUUAUUUCAAAAUAAAAUAUUUUUGUGUUUUCGUUGCUGAA